AUGGAUACUGAAACUUGGUUGGACGCGCUGAAAAAGCACAAUGUUUUCAACGCCAUGCCCGACAGUAAUACCUCGACAGUGGCUUUGGGCUCGUCCACCUUGCAGCUUGAAGACCUUAGUGUUACACUUGCUCCCCGCUCUGAUGACGACUCGGACAUUGACGAAGAUUCGGUAGCACAACGCACCAACAUCAUAUGCAUACGGGGCCCUGAUCUAUUCAUUGCUGUCGGGCGGCAAAUCAGAAUGCUACCGCUAAAGGCCGCCAAAGAGGCUGAAAAUGUAGAGGAAGUGGUGUAUAAAACGCUCUCUACCCCCAAUGUGACAUUCGAAAUCAAACAUAUAGUAGUCAACCCCACCGGGAAGCUCCUCGCAGUUGUUGGCAGGCGCCAAGUAGCGGUGAUUGUUCUCCCACGGCCUGGCGUAACUAAAACGAUGUCUACCCGUAUUGAAUGCAGCUCAAUCCAGAUAGGAGAAUACUAUCAUGUCCCAGGAUCUUCAAAGAUUACCAAAGUUGACUGGCACCCUUGGGGAGAAGGUGGUGCAUCACUCCUUGUUCUGACAAGCGAUGGCCAACUACGAGAAUACGACGUGUCCAAAGACCCCAAUGAACCUCAACAAACAGUCGAGCUGCUUGCUCGUUCUCAAAGCAAGUUAAGAUACGAUGCGUCCGCUCCAGCAGAAGCAGUUUCGUUUUGUAUCGGGCAAGGAUACGCGGACUGGAGCGCAUUUACAAUAUAUGUGUUGACUAGCGAAGGGGAAUUAUGGGCAACUUGCCCCUUCUUACCCGCAAAUGCUACCCCUCCAGCUUCAUACAUUCAAGGUCUCGAGUACUUUAUCAAUGCCAAAAGCUCUCGCCUUCCUUUAGAGAUCUCAGGCCCCCAGCUCAAAUACGUAUCAUCUCUGAAACAGCAGUUGAAACCUAUAUCAUCGCCGGUAGACGACCAACUUUUACCAACUUGCCUCGUCCACGCUCCGGUCAGCCACUCUUUUCCUCCGGCUCGACAGGGACCAUUCCUCUUACAACCAGCUCCCAAAGAGCUCGGUGAUGGAUUAGCGAGCGAUAUUGUCUAUCUGAACAUCCAAGUUCCAAACGAGUUAAUAGGCAACGGGUUAGCCGACCCGAAAAACAGCCCUGAUGGAACAUCCAUAUCAGUAAUCGCGAUUGUUUAUAGCGACGGGAAAGUGGAUGUAUGUUUAGAUCUCGAAAAGAUUGAAGCAAAGUGGGCCAAGUCUAAUUUAGCUUCAAAAGAAGAUGCCGAAUUACCUAUGCUAGCUGUAUUCGAGUCCAUUAAUCUCGGGCUCUUUGAUGCUCCAAAGGCUACUACGCCUUCCACCUCUACCUCUCUGGCUCUAACCCACUUCGCGCUGAUCGGGUCUUUAUUACUCAUUCGCGUGGUGUUCACCGGCUCGACAUGCGAGGAAGGAUUGACCGAAGUACGCUGGUUGCACAGAACUCAGAGCACCUGCCAUUAUCUCAGUCUCUCGACCAGUCCGGAAACAAAUAACGGCCCCAGCUCCUAUUACCUCCCCUCCCGUUCAACUGCCGCGCCUCAAUUCGUUCCAUUUGUCCCUCCUCAGCCCAGUACAACGGAACCUCCCCAAACCUACACAUCUUUACUGGCCCAGCCCUUUGAAGUUCCUGUAUUCACCGACCAUCAGCCACUCACCAAACCUUUGGCUGCCACUGGCGCGGUCACAGCUGACACUCUACGAGCUUUGGGCACACACGCCCAGAGAUUGCGACUCAAUAUAGCCGAAAUACGAGCUGCGCACGAGAAGCUCGUGAUCAGAACAAACCUUCAGACGCAAGAAAUCCGCAGGCAAGCUGAGCGUCUGGCCGAAGUGAUGCGAAUGGCCUCUCGAAUCCGAACAGCCUCGGCAAGAACGACCGAAAGAGUACAAGCUGUAGCAGAGAAGCAAGCAGAGAUGAUCAAGCGGGCCGACCUUAUGUUAAGAAAGGUUGUAGAGGCCGAUGGCGGAGAAGGUAGUGCUGAGGCUCAGCAAGCGUGGGCAAAGGAAUUGGCGAGAAUGAAGACGGAAGUCAGGGGCAUUAACGGAGAAGGGGGCUUGAAAGCCCGGAGCGAACAGGCUAUGCAUCAACUAGAAUUACUCAAGCCAACGCUACGCGAAUUUGCCCGUGCCAACGAGGCAAAACAGGAUAACCCUCUUGGAUUGGUUGGGUUGGGGAAUUCCCAGUGGACGCAAUCGGGUCAGUCAUUGGUGCAGAGCAAAAGAGCUUGGAGGACGCUCGACGCAGGAUAA